AUGGCGGCGCCGCCGCCCGCCCUCAGCUGGGCGCUGCCCCUGCUGGCGGCGCUGGCGGGCGCCAGCGGCCCCCAGAGCUUCGAGCUGCCGGGGCCCCGCAUCGACAACAUCGAGGUGAGCGGCGGCGGCGUGCUGGUGGCGGGCGGCAGCUGCCUCUACGAGCUGUGGCCCGAGCUGCGGCCGCGCCGCCGCCUAGUGCCGGCGGCCGCCGGGCAGGGCUGCCGGGAGCCCCCCGGCACGCGCAGCAACCUGCUGCUGCCCUACGAGGAGGCCGGGGGGGUGGGCGUGCUGCUGGCCGGCUGGACCCAGAAGGACGGCACCUGCGAGGUGUGGGAGCUGCCGGCCUACCGGCAGCGCCUCAACCGCAGCGAGGUGGUCAGCUGCCUGCCCGACGGCUCCACCGCCGGCGUCGUCUUCCAGCUGUCCGGCGCCUGGUACCUGGCCGUGGCGGCCACCUACUCGACUGGCGACUCCGAGAGCCGUCUGGGCUGCGAGCCCUCCCAGUCGGACGAGGCGACCGUCAUCACGAUGCGCAGCAUGGACAACCUGGAGUCCAAGGAGGAGCUGGGCAUCAUCAAGCGCAGGAAGGAACCGUUGCACUUCGUUGACGCCCUGCAGUGGGGGGAUCACCUCUUCUUCCCCUACUACAGGUUGAAGGUCAGGCGGGGUGGGUACGCCGAGCCACCCAGCAUGGCUGUCCUGCGCCAGCUGCGCCCCUCGGAGGGUGGCCUCACUUUGCAGGGGCAUGUGGCUUUGGACUGCGGGUGCAGGAGCCUCAUCGUUUCCUCCAGCCUCAUCCGACGGGGCCGGCGGGGCUGGUGGGUGGGUGUUUUCCACCACAACCACGAUGCCAAGGCCUGGAACACCACCGCCGUCUGCAUCUUCGGGAUGGAGGAGGUGAAGGAGCAAGCCUGUGGGUCCACAGACUUCAUCAUGAACGGGAGGAGCUGUGGUGCCAAAUCAAUCAAGAAGUUACCUACCUUGGUGCACUCUGGCUUAGUGGCUGUGUAUGGCACAGUGGUGCUGAAUCAGAUAGUUCUCUUCUUGGGGACUGACGAUGGACAGUUGCUGAAGGCUGUGCUUAAUGAGGCUAUGGAAUCCAGUUGCCCAGAGGUUUUAUAUGAAAUUAAGGAAGAAACCUCCAUUUUCCCCAAACUCCGACUGGAUCCAGUAGACAACAACUACAUCUAUGUGUCCUCUGCCAACAAGGUGAGAAGAAUACCAGUUGCAAAUUGCAGCAGAUACAUUUCCCAGCCUGAGUGCUUAUCUGCAAAGGAUCCCUACUGUGGGUGGUGUUCUUUGAAGCAAAGGUGCACAUUGAAAGAGAGCUGUCCCCACUCCAGCAGCAGCCAGGGCUGGGUUAACAUUUCCCAUGCAGCUGAUGAAGAUGUGAGAAUCCUGCUGAGGUUUCCUGCCAGGAACCAGGUUGCUGUGGCUGCAAGCAGAAGCAAACCCCUUACAUCCUGCAUGAUCAAGAUUGUAACCCCUGCUGAAAUCUUCUAUGAAAACGUGGUGCUGAGCAACUCCUCCUGUCUCUGCAACCUGACCAGCCCAGGGAUAGCUGACAGUGGCUGCCUGGUCCUGGAAGCGGCGCUGGCCUCAGGCUCUUGGAGCAUCACACAAACGUUCCAGCUGGAAAACUGCUCCCGGUGUGUGCGCCAGGGCCAGUGUGCCAGCUGCAGAUGGACGCCGGUCUCGCCUGCCACCACCUGCCAGGAGGGUUGUGACGCAGCUGCUUCCGAGGGGAUCACUGCUGUGCGGGAAACGGAGCACAUCAGCAUCCGUUCCAUUGAGCCCCUGUGGAUCUCCACGCUGGGCAAAAGUGAGAUCACAGUGAGAGGAGAGAACUUCACUCGUGCUUCAGGCAUAAAGCUGGUCCUGGCUGGCAUCACUGGCUGCAAAACAGACAUCAUUAAAGUGAGAAAUGUGCUAAAUGACACACAGAUGACAUUUGCUCUCCCACCGACACGGAAAGAGGCCAAGAGCAUCUGUGUGCAGGCUGCUGGGAAGAAGUGUUCCCCACCAAUGACCCUGCACUAUGUCUCACUGCCAUCCUGUGUUGGAAUCACACCAAAUACCUCCUGGAUCAGCGGCGGUCGCAGGAUUACUACCAUCGGCAGAAACUUCAACGUGGUGGACAGCGUGAUCAUUUCAGAUGAGCAGAGAGCAAACCUCACUGUUGCCAGGUGCCCUGGCAAUGAGUCUGAGUAUCAUUAUUUAACACCGAGCCUGAGCCACGCAGCGGAGGGCAAAGUUGUUGACAUGCUGUUGAAAGUGGAAACUACCUUCAUCCCAUGUGUCAAACUGCACUACCACCCUGACCCAGUCUUCAUCAACUACCAGCUGCACACUGAGCUGGAUCCUGACCUGGAGUUAAAAAUCUAUAAAGAAAAUGACAACUUGAACAUCUCUAAAACUGAGGUAGAGGUCUAUCUGUCUUACCUGAAUGGUGCCCAGACCAAAAGGAUCUGGUUCAGUGUCCAAAACAUCACCAAGAAGCCAGACCGCAGCACUAUCCUCUGCAGGUUCAAAAGGGAAGGAACAGACAGGAUUGACUUCUCCACAGUCAAAGUCUUUGUCAAAUUAGGAAACUUUGAGCAUGAAGUCAAACCAACCUCCUCACACAUCUAUCUGUAUGUCCUUAUUCUGCUGCCCAUUGUGGUGGGUGUCAUCAUAGUGGCAUUCAUAGUCACCAGGUACAAAUCCAAGGAGCUGACUCGCAAGCAGAGUCAGCAGCUGGAGCUGCUGGAGUAUGAGAUCCGGAAGGAGAUCCGGGAGGGGUUUGCUGAGCUGCAGAUGGAUGAGCUGGACGUGGUGGAUAGCUUUGGGACCGUUCCCUUCCUUGACUACAAACACUUUGCUCUUAGAACUUUCUUCCCAGAGUCAGGAGGCUAUGCAUCCAUCUUCAGUGAAGACAUGCCCCAGAGCAGAGACCAAACCAGCAAGGAUGAAAGCUUCAACAUGUUGCAUGCUUUAAUUUGUAACAAGAACUUUCUUGUUACUCUCAUUCACACCCUUGAAAAGCAGAAAAAUUUCUCUGUGAAGGACAGGUGCUUGUUUGCAUCCUUCCUGACCAUUGCCCUCCAGACCAAGCUGGUUUACCUAACCCAUAUCCUGGAAGUGUUGACAAAGGACUUGAUGGAACAAUCAAGCAAUGUGCAGCCUAAGCUGCUGCUCAGGAGGACUGAGUCUGUGGUGGAGAAGCUGCUGACCAACUGGAUGUCUGUCUGCCUCUCUGGCUUCCUCCGGGAGACAAUUGGUGAGCCUUUCUAUUUGCUGGUGACAACCCUCAACCAGAGGAUAAACAAAGGCCCUGUGGAUGCCAUCACUUGCAAAGCUCUCUACACCCUCAACGAGGACUGGCUGCUGUGGCAAGUCUCUGAGUUCAGAACAGUGACUCUGAACGUGCUCUUCGAGAAGCUGCCCGAGAACGCGCGCGGGGAGGCCUGCCAGAGCCUGCCGGUCAACGUGCUGGACUGCGACACCAUCGGGCAGGCCAAGGAGAAGAGCCUCCAGGCCUUCCUCAACAAGAAUGGCUUCCUCUAUGGCCUGCAGCUGGAUGAGAUGGGCCUGGAGCUGGUGUCUGAGGAGCAGCCAAGGGAGCUGCUGGACGUGGAUGGCUCCUCAGAGGUGCUGGAGGAUGGCAUCAGGAAGCUGAACACCAUUGGGCACUAUGAGAUUUCCAAUGGGGCAACCAUCAGAGUGUUCAAGAAGAAGGCAACCUCCAGAUCAGAUGUGGACUACUCAGAUGAGCACUGCCAUCUGAUCCUGCCAGACUCUGAGGCAAACAAAGAUGUGAAAGGAGCAGGUCACAAAGGAAAGCAGAAGUUCAAAGUGAAGGAAAUGUAUCUGACAAAGCUGCUGUCAACCAAGGUUGCAAUCCACUCUGUUGUGGAGAAGCUCUUCAGGAGCAUCUGGAGCCUACCCAACAACAAAGCUCCUGUUGCCAUCAAGUACUUCUUUGACUUCCUGGAUGCCCAAGCUGAGAGCAAGAAGAUCACAGACCCUGAUGUGGUCCACAUCUGGAAAACCAACAGCCUUCCCCUGCGCUUCUGGGUGAACAUCCUGAAGAACCCCCAGUUUGUCUUUGACAUCAAGAAGACCUCCCACAUCGAUGGCUGUCUGUCUGUCAUUGCCCAGGCCUUCAUGGAUGCCUUCUCCCUUGCUGAGCAGACCCUGGGCAAGGAAGCACCAACAAACAAACUUCUCUAUGCUAAGGACAUCCCACUCUACAAGAAGGAGGUGAAAGCCUACUACAAAGCCAUCAGGGAUCUGCCUCCACUGACCACUUCAGAGGUUGAAGACUUUCUAACUCAGGAAUCUAUGAAACAUGAGAAUGAAUUCAAUGAGAAAGUGGCCUUGCUCGAGAUCAACAGAUACAUAGUGAAGUACUACGAUGAGAUUGUCAGCAAACUGGAGCGAGAGCGAGGGUUUGAGGAGGUGCAGAAGCAGCUGCAGCAAGUGAAGGCUCUGUUUGACGAGAAGAAGAAGUGCAAAUGGCACUGAGCAGAGCCCGGCCUGGCCGGGGGCCCCGGCGGCGCUCCCCACCCCGCUUUGGCUGACUGUAUGUACAGGCUUGGGAACCUUUGGACACUCUUCUCCUCUCUGACCAUUCCAGUAUCUGCCUUUGGGAAGGAGGUGUGGGCAGGGGGCAGAUGUUCCAGCCUGGGCCAGUGAGCCCGAGCGGUGGCAGGGCCAGCACGGCCAGGUGCCGGGAGACACAAUACCCUGCGGGUCACGACCGCUGCCUCAGAAAGCCUUCUGCUUGCUUCACACCAAGCCUGCAGGAGAUGCACAAAGCACACUGCAAGUUCAGAGCUGCCCUCAGGAGCUUGGAACUUGCUUGGCUCUUUCGGUUUGGCUUUUCUGAAGAGAGAAAGCUGAGGCCUGGCCACAGCCCUUCAGCAGCCCUGGCAAGCUGCGAGGAGCAGCUCCAGGGCGGCAGCAGCCUCCUUGCUUCCACGCAGACAGACACCGGCCCCUGGCUGGGCAAAG